AAACAUAAUGACGAAGGUGGGAAUAAUAAGUAAACGAAACGAGUCGUUUAAAAACUCAUAUAAUGAGAAGCGCGACGCCGUGUGUGUCUCGACGAAUUUUUCGAAAUGAAGCCAAAGAAAACUGAUGAAUCCAAGUCAGCUGUCAAUGAGGAAGUUGCGCAGAUCCAAACCGGCGGCUUUCUAUCCUACAUAAAUUCCUGCGAUAAAUUGAACAUAAUUUCGGUUCUAAUUGUAGUCGUCUCGAUAAGCGUGAUAUCUUACAUCGGAGUAGACGAAUGCAAGAAGUGUUUUAUCAACCAGAAUCGGUUAAAAGCACAAACGAAGUUAAAUUUGAAAAAAUAUUCGGUUUACGGCAGGAAUAGCCAGGACGGUCAUUUGAGACACGUAUUUGCGGUUCUGGAUAGGAUAGGAUUCGAGCAGACAGAUGUUUCUGGUGAUUGGGAUCUGUUGUGGGCGCACGAUUAUCCUUUUCGUGUGCAUUAUGAUAUCUUGAAGAAUCUUAAAUUUCACCAAAAAGUCAACCAUUUUCCAGGCUGCGGUUAUUUGACUAACAAAGUUGAUUUAGCUACGAGCGGCUUGAGGUACAUUCCUCCGGCAUUCAAAUUGCCAGCACAAAAGGAUUCGUUGCUUAAAUUCUCCUCUGAGAAUCCAGAGAAAAAGUUCGUUAUUAAAAACAACGAUCAUAGGAACGUUCGUGUUAAAGAUCUAUCCGAAAUCGAUCUGAAUGCAAAUGAUAGCUUCGUGCAAGAGUUCAUAGACAAUCCGUUGCUGGUGAGCGGAUAUUGGUUUGAUAUUGGUAUUUACACCAUUAUCACUUCGGUGGAUCCAUUAAGAAUAUACAUGUAUAACGGCGAUGCGCUUCUCAGAUUUUGCCCGGAAAAGUAUCGACCUUUCGAUAGGAAUAACUUGGACAAGUACGUCGUCGGAGAUGAUUAUCUUCCAACUUGGGAAGUACCAGGUCUUCAAUAUUACUACAACGAAUUAGGAUUCGGGAUGCGCGAUAGUUUGAACGCGUAUUUAUUAGCCGAAGGAAAGGAUCCUUCGGUGAUUUGGAGUCAAAUCGAAGACGCCAUUCGCAUUGCAGUUUUAGCCAAAGAACCUUUAAUCAACGACGUCGUCAAAAGAUUUAAAUCUAAAGAUAACUUUUUCGAAAUGAUGCGAAUUGAUUUUGUCGUGGACCAAAAUCUGAAGGUCUCCCUAAUGGAGGCGAACAUGAGUCCGAAUUUAUCUUCAGCCCAUUUCAAACCAAACCAAUUGCUUUACGAACAAGUCAUCUUCAAUUUGUUCGGUUUAAUUGGUAUUGGGCAACGUUUGCAUAAAUCCACAUUGGCUUCAAGGUCUCAAGAAGAGGAACUAAUGCAAUCAGCAGAAAAAAAUAUUGCUGUUAUGGGCGGCGAAUGCAAGAGCGAUAAAUGUAAAGAAUGCUUAUCAGAGGAAUGCAAAUUAUGUAAACCUUGUAUGUCUGCUGACAUUCAUGAACAACUUCUGUUAGCCCACAAGGAACAUUUAAAUCGUGGCGAUUGCAAACGGAUAUUUCCACCGCCUAUGGUACCUGGAGAGGAUUUACCUGAAGAUUAUGAUGACUAUUCAGCAAAUAAUAAAAUUAUUACCAGAUGGUUCUAUGAGAAAUGCGCGAUGGACUCGACUUGGUGCAAUUAAUUUAUUUUUUUUUGUAAUUUACAAAUUGUUUUCUAAUUUCCU